ACUCUCGGGUUCUGCUUUUCGAUCUAGCCUCCGACCUCUUUCUUCUUACCACGGAUCUCGCCGUCCGCUUUGUGGAUAUUUUGGCUGACGACGAGGCGAUACCAUUUCGGGAUUUGGAUUCUCUAUUUGAACAUUACAUUUACUGGGUAAUUGCCAAAGAUGGAGGGUUUCCUAACGGAUGAGCAGAGACAGAUGAUGAAAGUUGCUACACAGACUGUAGAUGAUCUUCCACCCUCACAAAAACCUCAUUCGGUUUUGCUUGAGCAUCUCCCUAAAGUAUCUGCUGGUGGGAAAGCUUCUGGUGCGUCAAAUGCUGUGAAGCACAGAAGGUCUCAUGCGGGAAGGUCUAUCCGCUCUAAGAAGGAUGGGGGUGGUGGGAAAGGAAAUUGGGGAAAACUUAUUGACACUGACGGAGACUAUCACAUUGAUCGGAAUGAUCCAAAUUAUGACAGCGGAGAGGAACCAUUCGAGCUUGUUGGUGCAACUCUGUCAGACCCAUUAGAUGAUUACAAGAAAGCUGCAGCUUCCAUCAUUAACGAAUACUUCAGCACUGGUGAUGUCGAUGUUGCAGCAGCUGACCUCAUUGAACUUGGUUCAAGUGAAUAUCAUCCCUACUUCAUCAAGCGGCUUGUCUCGGUAGCCAUGGACAGGCAUGACAAAGAGAAGGAAAUGGCGUCAGUGUUGCUUUCCGCAUUGUAUGCUGAUGUCAUCAAUCCAAACCAGAUAAGAGAUGGAUUUGUCCUGCUGCUCGAGUCAGCCGAUGACUUUGUGGUGGAUAUACCUGAUGCUGUCAAUGUUCUUGCUUUGUUCCUUGCACGUGCUGUUGUGGAUGACAUCCUUCCUCCAGCUUUUCUUCCUAGGGCGGCCAAGGCACUUCCAAUAACUUCUAAAGGUUACCAGGUUGUCCAAACUGCAGAGAAAAGCUAUCUAUCAGCUGCACACCAUGCUGAGCUAGUAGAAAGAAGGUGGGGUGGACAGACUCGAACCACUGUUGAGGAAGUCAAGAAGAAGAUUGCUGACAUUUUGAAUGAAUAUGUGGAGACUGGAGAGACUUAUGAGGCCUGUCGUUGCGUAAGAGAGUUGGGUGUGUCUUUCUUUCAUCAUGAGGUUGUGAAGAGGGCCUUAGUUACUGCCUUGGAAAACCACGCAGCAGAAGCGCCUAUAUUGAAACUGCUAAAGGAAGCAGCUUCAGAAAACCUGAUUAGCUCUAGUCAAAUGGUGAAGGGGUUUUCAAGGUUAAGAGAAAGCCUUGAUGAUCUUGCUCUUGACAUUCCUUCAGCUAGAACCAAAUUUGAUUUGAUUGUGCCAAAAGCUGUCUCAGGUGGUUGGCUUGAUGCUUCGUUUGGUUAUCCCUCUGGUGAAUGUGGACGACAGCAGAUCGAGGAUGAGAAACUAAAGCGGUUUAAGGAAGACAUUGUGACCAUCAUUCAUGAGUAUUUCAACUCUGAUGACAUACCAGAACUCAUACGCAGUCUUGAGGAUUUAGGAGCACCUGAGUACAACCCAAUUUUUCUAAAGAAGCUGAUAACACUUGCUUUGGACAGGAAGAAUCACGAGAAAGAAAUGGCAUCUGUUCUCCUCUCAUCUCUUCACAUCGAGAUGUUCACCACAGAAGAUGUUGCAGAUGGUUUUGUCAUGCUUCUGGAGUCUGCAGAAGAUACAGCUCUUGACAUUCUGGAUGCUUCCAACGAACUUGCUCUGUUCUUAGCUAGAGCUGUGAUCGACGAUGUUUUAGCACCUUUCAACCUGGAAGAGAUCAGUAGCAAACUACGACCUAACUCAAGCGGAACUGAAACCGUGAAGAUGGCUAGGUCACUCAUCUUUGCUCGACAUGCAGGAGAGAGGCUUCUACGAUGCUGGGGAGGUGGGAGCGGUUGGGCAGUGGAAGAUGCAAAAGACAAGAUAUCGAAUCUCCUGGAGGAAUACGAAAGCUCAGGCCUGGUAUCAGAAGCGUGCAAAUGCAUCCAUGAGUUAGGCAUGCCUUUCUUUAACCAUGAGGUGGUGAAGAAAGCACUGGUGAUGGGUAUGGAGAAGAAGAAGGACAAGAUGAUGCUGGAUCUUCUGCAGGAGAGUUUUGGUGAAGGACUCAUAACCACAAACCAGAUGACCAAAGGAUUCACAAGAGUUAAAGACGGGCUCGAAGAUCUUGCUUUAGACAUCCCAAACGCAAAGGAGAAAUUCAAGGACUAUGUGGAGCAUGGGAAGAAGAAUGGUUGGGUUUCAUCGUCGUUUGUAACUUCCCUAACUGAAGAUGCUAAUCUAGGCUAGACCAAGAGGAGAUACCCCAAUGGUGUGGUAACUAAAAACCUGAUAGAAUGUACAAGUUUCUUUCUCUCUUGAGCAUCCCUGUGGUUGUUUUUUUUGCACUUUUAGGCUUUGAGAAUUCUGCCAAGGGAGCUUAUCUUUUCACGGAUGUUGACUUUUGUUUUCUUCAGAGGACCUUUUUUAUUGCUCUGAAUUUAGGCCAACGGAACUUUAGGUCUAUUUUGGAUUAAGUUUCAUUUUAGGAUCAAUAAUAAUGCCUUACUGGCAGC